CUGAAGACUCCCUCUUCAUGGUUGGUUAUUUCUCCCACACAAACCACCAACACCAACCAACCAACCAUGCAUAUCUUUUUCUCUGCAUGCAUGCAUGUCUCUGUCUCAAUGCUUCCUCACUUCUUCAUGCUUCACCUUUUCUGAGAUUUCAACAAUAUUACCACCUUUUCUAAACUCAUAUACAUAAUAUGAUUAAUUUAAUCUUUUCUUCUCAAACUAGACAGAAGGGUUUUAGCUUAUUCCAUUGAAUAUUGAAUACAAUCAGCACCAAUAUUUUAACUGAAAGAUUUCUGCUGUAGAUAUAUAUAUUUAUAUAUAUCAACAAAACUUUAUUUACAUUGAUUAAUGUCGACCAAGGUGAAAGGCUUCCUUAAAGGAUUUAAAUACAUUUCCCAAAUAUUUGACGAGAAAGAAGAACAGUUUCAAAUUGGGAUGCCAACUGAUGUAAAACAUGUGGCACAUAUUGGAUCAGAUGAUCCAUCAGCAAAUGCACCAAGCUGGAUGACAGAAUUCAAAGGAGGAACUAAAGAAACCUCAUCAGUCGGGAACCCUAAUCCAGAAGGUGAACGCGAGAAAAGUUCGAAAAAUUCGAAGUCCCGCCACAACGCCGUUCCCAAGUCCCGUAGUAACCAAUCCAUGGAAGCGGAGAACAACGCGCCUAGACCGAAGGGCACGCGCCGCAGCCAGCGGUCCUCCGACACGGCCUCAGAGACCUCAAACCAAGACUCCUCCACCGGCGGCUCCCGCCACCGGCGAAACCGGCGCGGGUCGAACCCAGGCGGUGAAUCGCCUUCCUCCCAGGAUAUGCCGCCGAGAGGCAGCCGGCGGAAAUCGAAGAACUUAGAGGACGGUUCCGUGAAGAAAUCGGGAAGAUCGUCGAAAGGAGACUCUCUAAGUGACAUUUCGAUUUCAGAUUUUGGGUCUGGUUCUGAAAGUGGGCCCCUUGAGCCCAUUAGGGUUUAAAUUGGGCUGAGUGAAAGAGAGAGUAAUAUGUGAAGAAAGAGUUUAGGGAGGGAGAGAGAGAAAAGAGAAAGAUUGAUAUGCUGUUUUGCAAAUUGUAAAUUAUUAUUUCAGGUUUUUAUGCAAUUGUUUUA